AUGCUUCAUCAGAAUCCAAUUGUCUCCGAUUUAAUAACCACCGGUUUAUCCGCUACUAUCGCUCUCUCUGUCCUUCAUUUCUUUGAAGAAACUGCUAAACAACAUGUCUUCGACCAGAUGGGUUUUUCUUGUUUCUCUUUGGUUCUCAAUUUCAGGGCUGGACAUCUUGUAAAAAUCCUUGAAGGUCCAAAAGAGGCGUUGAUUGAUUUAGCAUGGCAUCCUGUUCACCCCAUUAUUAUAUCUGUCUCCUUGACUGGCUUGGUUUAUAUUUGGGCUAAGGACCAUACUGAGAACUGGAGUGCAUUCGCUCCAGACUUCAAUGAGCUAGAGGAAAACGAAGAGUAUGUGGAACGCGAAGAUGAAUUUGAUCUGAUACCUGAAACUGAAAAGGUAAAAGAAUUAGAUAUUAAUGAAGAUGACGAAGUUGAUAUUGUAACAGUGGAGAAAGAUAAUUUCAGUGAUUCAGAUUUAUCUCAAGAAGAACUGUGUUUCUUGCCAGCUACCCCUUGUCCUGACGUUUCUGAGCAACAAGACAAGUGUAUGGGAAGUUCUUCGAAGUUAAUGGAUUCUAAUAAUUCUGGAUCCCCUCUUUCUGAAGAAGCUGGACAAAAUGGCCAAGCAACGAACCAUGCAUUAAGUCCUCUUGAAGAGGACACGGGAGGGACACGCAUGAAGAGAAAACGGAAACCUUCAAAAAAGGGGUUGGAGUUGCAGGCGGGGAAGGUCAGGAAACCCUUGAAACCAUUGAAAUCUUCUGGUAGAUCGUCAAAAUUAAGAAGUAAAUCUGUUACUGAUCUGGAUAAUGGUAAUGUAAUAUAUGGGGAUGAUAUUUCUGAAUGA